AUGGCCUCCUCUGACACAAAAGAUGAGUUUUAUGAAAAUCUCAGUGCCACCCUUCUGAAAGUUCCUCUAAAAGACCAAGUUAUUCUACUUGGCGAUUUCAAUGCCCGUGUUGGUAGUGACUACGAGGCUUGGCCUUCUUGUUUAGGCAAACUCAAUGUUGGCAAAGUUAAUCAAAAUGGUCAGAGACUUCUUGAAUUUUGCACGCGUCUCAAUCUUUGCGUUGCUAACUCAUUCUUUCAGACUAAACCUCAGAAUAAAGUUUCUUGGAGACAUCCACGCAGCAAGCCUUGGCAUCAGCUUGAUCUUGUGCUUGUUUGUAGAUCAAACCUCAAUUCCAUCAGAGUUGUUCGUUCUUAUCACAGUGCUGACUGUGAUACUGAUAAUUUGCUUGUUUGUUGCAAAGUUAAGCUCUCUGCAAAAAAGAUGUUCUUUUCUAAGGCUAAGGGAAUGCCUCGUCUGAACACUGCAAACAUGCAGGAUCCUGUGCUUGUGUCACAAUUUACAAACCUUUUUGAAAAGGAAUAUUCAAUCAUAGAGUCAGAUCCAGCUGAAAAGCGAUGGCAGUCUUUGAAAUCUGCAAUGCACAGCUGUGCACUUGCAACCUUUGGUAGAAAAAAACCCAAGUCUUCUGACUGGUUUGAGACAAAGUCUAAGAUACUUAAUCCUGUUAUUGUGAAAAAAAGGCAAAUGCAGUUCGAGUACAACAAGCACCCCAGUAGAGAAAAUCUGUACAAGCUCCGGCAAACCAGAAAUGAGGCCAAGCAGAUGGUCAGGCGUUGCGCCAAUGACUACUGGAUGGAGCUGAGGCAGCGCAUUGAAAAUGCCUCUGCUACAGGCAAUAUCAGAGCCAUGUAUGAGGGCAUUAAGCAGAGCACUGUUUCUGAGUCCGCACUUGCUGCGAUGGAGCAACUUAGUGUUUUACAUGAGCGUGAUGAGAUACCUACAAUCUCUGAGCUGAGUAAAGCUAUUGACCAGCUUGCCCCUGGUAAAGCUCCAGGAAGUGAUGAGAUACCUCCUGAUUUAAUCAAACAGUUACAAAAGCUUGCUGAGCGUGUCUAUCCUGAAUCUCAGUGUAGUUUCAGGGCAGGCCGAUCAAUUAUUGACAUGAUCUUUGCAUUGAGACAGCUUCAGGAGAAAUGCAGGGAGCAAAAUAUGCCAUUAUUUCUUGCUUUUGUCGAUCUGACUAAAGCGUUUGACACAGUUAGUCGUGAGGGACUGUAUUUGGCGCUUUCUAAAAUUGGCUGCCCUCCAAAGCUCCUUUGUCUAGUUAGAUCCUUCCACCAGAACAUGAAAGGGACAGUGCAGUUUGAUGGUAAUUUGUCUGAGCCUUUUGACAUACGCAACGGCGUGAAGCAAGGUUGCGUCCUCGCCCCAACCCUCUUUGGGAUCUUUUUCUCAAUGCUCCUUAAACACGCUUUUGGUGAUGUGAAAGAGGGUAUCUUCCUUAGGACUCGGUCCGAUGGGCGGCUUUUCAACCUUGCUAGACUCAGAGCAAAAAACAAAGUAAGAGAGGCUAUGAUCAGAGACAUGCUAUUUGCUGAUGAUGCUGGCAUUGCCACUCACACAGAAGAGGAGCUCCAACUUUUGAUGGACCGCCUCUCCAUAGCUUGUAAAGAAUUUGGCCUGAUCAUUAGCCUCCCAAAGACCAAAAUUCUGUCUCAGUGCUCAUCCAUUAAGCCUUCAAUCCAAAUUGACAACUAUGAGCUAGGUGUCGUUGAGGAUUUUACGUACCUAGGCUCUAGCAUCUCUGAAUCUCUUCCAUUAGACUCAGAGAUUAACAAGAGGAUAGGCAAAGCUGCAGGUACCCUGUCAAAGCUAACUGACAGAGUGUGGGAGAACUCCUCAUUGAAAUUCUCAUGCCAGUCUCACAGUCAGUUGGAAACAUGGUCCUACGAACUGUACCCCAUGAUCCAGUGA